ACUACCACUCUGACAUAGUUCACGACACUCCACGUGCCACUUCGCUGCUGCCCGACACCACACACAAACAACAAUGAAACUGCUGGUCGUUUCUUGUGCGCUGCUGGCCCUUUCGACGGCUCUGCCGCAAAGGAGAGUGUCGCUGAAGCCUGAACAGCAAGAGGCGGAGGACCAGCUGCCCGCCGAGCAGAACUACAACAACUACCAGCAGCAGCAGCCUGACUACAGACAGCAGCAACAGCAGCAGGACUACAGGCCGGCCAAGCAGAUCGACGACUUCAGGCCCAAGGUUCAACUGGACACCACCACAUUCAUCCCCAUCAUCCGUUUUGACAAGGAGCAGGGUACUGAUGGAAGCUACAAGACUGCGUACGAGACCGGCAACAACAUCCAGGCUUCCGAAGAAGGUUUCCUGAGGUCCGUUGGUGAGGACCAGAACGCUUUGGUCCAACAGGGAUCAUACAGCUACACCGCUCCCGAUGGUCAGAUCAUCACUGUGGAAUACACCGCUGACGAGCUCGGAUUCAGGGUCAAGGGAGACCACAUCCCCACCCCUCCCCCCGUCUCCCCCGAAAUCCAGAAAGGUCUUGACCUGAUCUACGCUGGAAUCAAAGCCAAUGCGGAACGCGCCGCUUUGGAAGCCAAGAACAACCCCGAAGCCGCCAGACAGCAGGAAGACAGAGCAGCUCUUGACUACAAAGGAACCUACUACCAGCAGUAAAGUGACUCAGUGACUCUCGAGUGUUUGUACCGUGAACGUUCUGAUGGCAGGACCCCACAAUGCCAUAUACUUUAAGACUAGAUAUCGCCUAUCACCAGCAUUAUGUCACAUACAAAAACAUAAGACUUGUUAUCCAAUCAAAUAAUAAACGCCUCCAAACUCUGGAACAAACGUGACCCAUGAUUGGAUGAUAACAAAAUAAUCAUUGCCGUAUGCAGUAUUCAUUUAAUGUGGUCAUAGGCUUUAAGUUAAGUUUAAAGACGAAUUGUUAUUUUACAAGAUAAUAUAAUACUCAAUAUGUCACUUAAUGUCUAGGUAAACUGUUACUUUCCUGGUCGAUUUUUGUUAAGUUGCAGUUACUGCUGUUGUCAUAAAAGACUUGAUUUUAAAGCUAACAACUAACGAUACAAUUCAUGAGAAUGAACGCACUCUUGAAACACAGGUAUCUUGUGAAAUGGAGUAAGCGUUUUUUUCUCUAAGCUGCCAGUACUUUUCGUCGCUGUACAGAAGAAGAACUAAAAACUCUUUGGUAAAUCUCAUAUUCAUUAUUUUAUGGAACUCAACAUUAUGGACUUGAAAUUACUAACAAAUUGACGCGGUUCCGUGAAAUAAUGAAUAUUAUCCUAAAAAUAAUUCCUGUUUGUGAUACCAUCACCAACAAAAGAAGUGUUCAAUUCUAUUUUUAUACUUUUGUAAAUACCUUACCAUUGUGAUUAACUUAUCUUGUAUGUUUGAUUUUCAAUAAAAAUGUUGUAAAAUA